AGAAACCCUUGAACACACAACGCGGUGACACUCGCCGCCAAACCUUGCUUCUUUCUCUUACUCAGCGCUUUAUAUUACUAUUACUAUUAUUAAAGCUGAAGUUUCCCUGUUGAGUCUCUUUUGUUUUUGUUUUUAGCCUUCUUCUCCUUCUCCUUCUCCUUCUCUCUCUCUCUGAUCUGCUGCCGCCUCAUUCAUCCUCACGCUUUCAAGGAAGAAAGGAAGGAGGAAACGUCGCUCUCGUUCGUCGUGGCUACGAAAGGGUGUUAGGUGUGUAUUGCGACGUAGUCCUGAUAAGCAUCGAAACUCGUAGGAGAGGAAGAGGACCACACUGCAUGGGUGCAGUGCACGCCGUCAUUUUUUUUCGUUCUCGAACGAGGAGGGAAAAGAAAAGCAAAGGAGCGCCGAAGGUCCACGACUGUGUGUGUGUGUGUGUGUUGGUUGGUUGGUGAGAGGGAGAGCGUUUGGAGACAAGAGUGCUCGAGCGCUGCUAGUUCCGCUGCUGCGAUUUACGUUACCUGGUCUUCAUCUGCAUCUUUUUGACAUCUUUUCUUCUUUACAUAUCUUCUUCCACUACCGGCGCCGCACGGUCCGACUCGUGUUGGUCAACGCAGAAGGAGAAACAAAAAAAACCUACAAACACGCGAAAGGUGUUGAAACGAAGGAUACGAGCAAAGCGUCGCUAUUAACGGAGUAAAGUACUAUUAUUACUACUACUAUUACUAUUAUUGGUGGUCUGCUUGCCUUUUUUUUUGUUGCCUGCGUGUGUGUGUGUGUGUGUGCGUGUGUGUGUGUGUGUGUGCGUGUGUGUGUCCGUGCGCGGGUGUCUUCAUUCUCCCCUUCUAUCUUUCUCUCUUUGAUAUUCUUGUCGGAUUACGUGUGUGUGCGUGCCGUUUGAAAAAGCAGGCGUGACGCUCGUGGCGAUUUUAAUCCUAAGGAAAAGUAACAAAAACGCGUACUUUGAUUCCUCUCUCUUUUUUUCCUUUUAAACGUCGUUUUCUCUGACGCCAGCAUCUGCUCUCGCCUAAUAAAACAUAUUUAUUAUUAUUAUUAUUUGUGAAGGAUUGAAGCUCCUAUUGAGCAUAACUGGUAUAUUCCUUCUCGGCUUUACUUCAACGGGACUAGUACGAAGUGCGUCGGUUAAGAGGAAAGGGGAAGCGCUUUUGGUUGGUCCUUCGUCUUGUUGUCUCUACUUCCUCGGCUUUGUUUGUUUUUUGUUUGUUUUUCACUCGAUUUAUCUGCGUGUGUGCACACGUACGUCCAAGGGUCCAUGUACAUGUAUUGAAAGUACUGUUGUGUCGUGUCUAUGUUUUUUUACUUCCUCUUCUUUCUUCUUAUAUCUUCGUGUGUGUGCGUGUGUGUGGGUCAAGCUCCACCGUCUUCAUUAAUAACCGACAAAUUAACAAGAAAGAAAAUUCUUACCUGACAGAGGUAGUACGUAAAAUUCAUCUUUUUAUGUUGUUGUUUUUUAUUGGUUAUUAACAUAUUUUUCCUUUUUUCACUCGUCUAAUUCAUUUGCCAGUGCAGUUUUCGCCAUCAGUUGUGGAUGUGCGGGCGUGUGCUGCGCUUGCUGCUGUUGUUAUUGUUUUACCAUCGCUGGAAUCUUUUUCAAAAGCUUUUCAUAAGAUCUGUUUUAUUGUUUUCAGGUUUUAUGUGCUGUUCGUCACUUUCCGCUGUCCGCAGUGUUUUAUUUCUAGUGUUCAUUCUCUUUCUCUCUCUCUCUCUCUCUCUUCAGCUCUUUUCUCUUCUUCAUUAGCACAUUCGUUUCGGUUGCAGCGAGCCUGCCCGCUAUAAUUUCCUGUAAUUUUUGUAGCCUGCUCGUUGUGUCUCAGUUCCUGCUGCAUCAGUCUCUUCUUUUAAUUAUUGUUGUUGUUGUUUUUUCACUACUUCCCUGUUCUGCACCACUGGUACGUUGUCGGCAACGUUGACGUCUUCCGCAUUUACCGCGGAAGGUUGUUGUUUUGUGGUCUCUUUGUUUGCUUGCUUGCGUGUUGGCAUUUUUUUUCCCUUUUCACCUUCACCUCGCCGCCGUGCGGUCGCGCCACACGUUUCCGUCUCCUUCCUUUCAUUUCUUUUUUUCCUUUUUAGCCAAGAGACUUUGUGUUGCUCUUUCCAGCAAAGAAAGAGCAAGAAACUCUGUGUUGCGUGGCUGUCCCCGAAGCGACUCCGACGCACACACGCGGGAGGUCGCACGGCGGUCUUACCUCGACAGCACGCUUUACCUUAUUAUUAUUAUUAUCGUCAUCAUCAUCAUUCUUCUCGUCUGAGUCCUGUUUUCGUUUCUCUUUUGUUUUUUCUUUCUUUUCUUUUAGAGCAAAUGGGUAAUGCGAGUAGUGACCACCGGUCGGACAUCGCGCAUGGUGACGCGGGAAGCGAUGCCACCGCCCGCAACCCGCUGCAGCGGCCCUCCAACGCAUCCUCUCAGGCUCACGCGGCCGCCACACGUGCCCAAGUCGGGUACAGCCACACAACUAGUAACGGCGGCGGCGGUGGCAGCAGAAGCAACAGACACAGGAAUAGUACGCACGGUCGCACCAGCGACGACCGCGACGACGAGCGAAGCAACCUCCCCCUCAGCUUCUCCAUUCCCCAGCCUCCACCGCCGUCGUCCGCGCUGCAGUCGGUGCAGACGGGCAACGCUGGUGAAGGCUCCCGCCCUCGGCGUGUGUCGGUCACGGUCAGCAGCGAGGCAAACCCGGUGCAGCCAACCCCUCAACGUUUGACAGGCUUUCCGCGGGUCGGCACCAACGGCUCGUUCGGCUCGAACAACGGAAGCUUCGUCUCGCACGUCUCCUCGCUAAACGGGAAGCCGCGGCUGACCUUGGGUGAAGCACGCGAACUCCUUCUUUCUAUUUUCUUUCCUCGUCAAGGACAGCUGGAGUGCAUCGCCUCCGGCUUUCUCACCGUGGAGCACUACGCCCUCAUGCGUGGCUUCUGGGCGCCGUUCCUGACCACCGAGCUGCGAGAUAAGUGGUACCUGGACGCGGUGAUGCUCUCGGUGCUCGGCAAGGAUCGCUGGCGCUCAUCGCGGCAGCAAAAGGAGAUCAUCAUGUCCGUCUCCCCCAGUCGGGAGCAGGUGCUUCAGCUGAACCAGCAGCGGCAGGAGUACAGUGACCAGCUGCGCGAGCGCCUGUUGGACCUCUGCGGCUCCUUGGUGGAGAGCAACGAGUACCACAACAAGAAGCGAACCUUGCAGACCUUGUUGGAGGAGUACCACCGCCACAAGGAGGCCCAUUCGAAUGGUGCGCCUGGCGGUGACAGCGACAGCUUCGGCGGCAGCGGCGCCGAUCACAAGCGAGACCUCAGCCGCACCACGAGCGGGGCGACGUCGGAGGUGCAGCAUCAAGAGCUGCUCAGUCUCUCGCUCAUGCGGUUGCAGACGACCGUGUCGACCAGCUUUGAUUGCUUCGACCUCCUCGCCCGCCGCAUCCCCACCUCCGUCGUGGCGUCGCUGCCUAGCAGCUACCUUCUUAGCUCCACCCCCGUCGUGUACGAGCCGAUCGCGUUCCAGGAAAAGAAAGUCGGCGACCUCGACACGAUGUCCUUCUUUAUGUCGCUCGAGUCUCGUCGCCGCCUGCUGAACGGCGAGGCCCCGGAUGACUCGGAGCGGCUUAUGAACACGAGCUUCAACGAGCUGGGCUUUACGCAGUCGUUUAGCAUGCGCAAUAACGGCAACGCAGAGAGCAGGAUCGACUCGGCACGGCAGCUCUACUCGGCGGUGCGCCACGCCGGCUUGGUGGUGACGACGGCGUGCUCGUCGAUGGUGCUGACGGUAAUGUUUCAGCUCGCGGAGGUGUUACGGGUCCGUCAGGCCUUCCGCGACAACCGCGCCAAAGCAGCGCAGAAGGGCAUCACCCUCGAGCAGCUUAUCGGGCGGAAGGAGGCGACCAUUCACACCUACGCGGGCAAGCACACCGACAACUUGGAGGAGCUGAAGCGGUACGCCAUCACGGACGAGAUGUCUCUUGCAGUGCUGACAAAGCUGCUGAUUAAGCGCUUUAAGAAGGAGAACCAGGCCAAGAUGGAGAAGCUGCGGAAGCGGUACCCGAAUGUUUUCGCGUACUUGGAGGCCAUUGCGCCGCCCGAAGAGCACGACGAUUUCGAUGUGACGCGGCUGCUGAGUGGGAUGGUGCUGAAGAUGAUGUUCUUGACCGGCGGUGGCCAGCGCAGCAUCGUCGCGGAUGAUCGGCGGGUGCCGGGUGGCAUUUCGCAGGUCACCGACGACGUAGCGAUCAGCAACAUGCUGGAGGUGCCGCUCCUCAACCGCAUUUGCUGGGUGGCGUGUAUGAUGGGGAUGCCGAUCAUGUCGAACCACGGCAUCCUUGCCCAGAAGCACCAAGGCAAGCCGCUGACCUACGUCGAGCUCGACGAGUGCUGCGGCGUGAUGCGGCAGCUCUUCCAGGCCGUCGGUGCCCUGCCGUGCGGCAGCGCCUGCCCCCAGCAGUUUAAGGAGUGGUUCCCGCUCUUCCCGUUUUACGCCGUCAACGCGGAGGGCAAGCGGGUGCUGAUGUACCUGUACGCAGCCCAGGUGUCCCCCAUCCAGCGGGUGCCCCUCACCGUUCAAAAGGACAUGACGCUGCUGUCCUUCGCGACGGCGCUGCAGGCGGCGAAGGGGAAGGGCCGCGUGGACAUUGCAAAUUACUUCUUUGAGCCGGCGUUGACGGUGGGCUACACCGAGAAGGACAGCGACAGCGAGCUGAACUCGAUGAGCGCGUCCGUGGUACCGCCGCCGCCGCCCGCCAAAGCCGCCGGGCCGACCUCGCUGCUCGCGCCGACGAGCCUCGCGGACACGAUCAACGCGUCUGACUCCGUGCGGUCUGACCGCGCCUCCCCGCUGUCGACGAGCGUGAACGGCAGCAGCGCGCCGCGGGUGAUGCCAGCUUCGCUCAGCCCCGUAGCCGUGGGGCAGAGCAACGCCUCCCCGCCCGCCAAGGACAGGUACCAGUACAUGACGGCGGUGAAUCCGGGCUCGCCGACGAGCGCAACAUCGCCCAAGACGUCACCGCCCAAGUCGAUCACCCGCCAAGCGAACAGCAUAAGCAACAAUAAUAACAUUAGUAACGCACCAGGGCAGCUGAAGAGUUCGCUGCUGGACGAUCAGCUAUCCAACUCCUCAUCGAGCGCGUCGCCCUCGUGCAGUACACUGCUGGAGGGUGACCGUGACAUCGACGUCUACACCUGCGUCAACCCGCAGACGCAGCUGUACAUGCGCUGCAGCAACGAGGCCACCCUGCGCCGCCACCGCGCGACGGAGUUGACGCCGUCAGUGUCGGUUUCGUAUUUGCACUCCCAGCACGAGGUGCAGGCACGGCGACCGGACAUCGCACUGGCGCUGCACCAAACCGUGCCGAAGCUGAUGCCGAGUGAGGGCUUCUUGGUGGUGCGCUGGACCUCCGCGGAGCCCCUCGUCACCUUCUGCGCGGGCGACAUCGUGUCUGCCAUGGCGGAGCGCGUCUCAGCGUCGGCGGCAUCGCCGGGCAACUCGGGCGAUAUGUACAAGAGGAACAGCAGCAGCGCAGGUGCAUUGAACCCGCCAGGUGCGGCGCGGUACUUCACUGGCGCGACGCGGCCCAGUCAAGAUGGCGGCAUCACCGCCGGGGCGGACGGCGGCUCCGCUGCGAACAGGAGCUUGCAUCCCAUCACCACCACCAGCGGCGCCAGAAGCCCGGACGGCGGCACCGGCCGCCUACUCAUCCCCCCGUCGCCGCGGUCACACACCAUGAGGGUGAACGACUCCAUGCCGCAGGACAGCGCAGCACGGCCAGCGGGAACGGGUCUUUCAGGCCGCAUCGGAGGUGCGACGCCGAGCGAUCAUGCUGGCGCACACAGCAGCAACUACGAUGCGGGCUACGAGGGCACAGACGAAGACGCUGCCAACUCCUCCGUCAACAGCGGCAUCGCCAUGGAGAAGACGCGCAUGUACCAGGGCCUCAUGCACGAGUUCCUCGGGGUGAAGGAAAAGGCGAGCCGGCGGCUGGCGGUGCGUUGGAAUGUGAUCGAUGUGCUGCCCAGCAUGCAACUCGUGCAUCGCACACGUCGCAUGAGUGCGUCCGUCAAGUCCGGCGCCGCCUCCGUCAACGGCAGCAGUAAGCAGCAGCAGGAGCAACUGCAGUACCGCAAUGAAGUCGUUCUGCACGUCGCGGCGCCGGAGAUACCCAUGUCGCUGCCGCUGCGAAUCUUGACGAUUGGGCACGAGCGUGCGUCCAUGAGCGUCUUCACGUUCAUCAGCCCCGACAGCGACGCCGCGUGCUGGGCGAACCCCCGGUUGAUUGAGGCCAUUGUGAACCGCGGUGACAAGGGAGGCGGGAGCAGUGGCGGCUUCAACCGCACCAACUCUAGCGGAAAUUACCUGUCCGGGUCCGCGCUCUCGAAAGGGCCGAGCGGGAUCCUCUGCAACACCGAGGAGGAGCUGCACAACGUCUUCUUCUCUAUCGGCGUGCUCCUGAGCAACGCGAUCGUGAACGGUGUGUACUUCAGCGCCCCCAUUGCCCCGCUGGCCUUUCUGCUCAUGAAGAAGGCCCUCAACAGCGGCGACUACUCGUUUAAGAGCUUUAUGUGGCUGGAGCCGGCAGACGGCAACCUGCUCAACCCGGCCCUCGUCCUCAACUCUGCGUACGAGAUCUUAACCAUGACGGAGCAGCAGUACGUCGCCUUCCUGCAGUCGCGCGGCGUGGCGUACGGCGACGCCCACGUCUUCCCGGUGAUGCACAGCCUGCUGGACGAGAUGAAGGAGGAUAGAUUGUGGCAGCCGAUGGGCACGCAGCAGCAGCAGCAGCAGCCGGCGGCGGCUACCGCAGAGAGGAGCCGACUAGCGCAGUCGCAGAUGUCUAUCGGGCGACAGCCACGUGUGCACGACUCGGGCGAUAGCACCUCCCUCCCAACGAGCUCCAAUCCACGGGAGAAGUCCUUCAACACCUCGCACAUGUCGUCUGGAAUGAACGAGUACAUGAAGCUCAUCGAGCUGCACAACCGACGCGGCAGCACCUUCCGACGCAGUCAGCUCUCGUCUGGAACGGCUGGCAAUGGCGGACGAGGGGCGUCGGUCAGCGGGAUGCUGCCCAACAUUCUGAUGUCCGUGAACGUGCCGGUGCAUGACCGCCUGCAGGGGUAUCGCAGCCAACAGCAACUGCAGCACAAAGGUGACGGGCAGCGCGCGGCGUCUGACACGCUAUCGCUGGAGCAGCUCUACGCGCAGCUGCCCUCGCGGCGGGAAUACCUUUUUCUGUACCUCGUCAACGAUCUCGCCUGGGGUUCGGCCCGGCGCGACGACGUCGGGGAGAAGAACAAGGAGUUGUGGGUGAGCAUGGCACGUGGCUUCAUGACCUCCGCGGUGGCGAAGAGCCCGUUGAUGACGAACUGCUGCUCGCGCAUUAUCCGGGAAGUGCUGUGCGUCCCUCGCUCAGACGGGUAG